GCAUCUAGAAAGUGAGAGUUGACUUGGGUGAAAGAGCACAGAUCUGGGGGAGGCCCCAUCUGUUUCCGUCUCUGCGUGUGAAUGGGACAUCCUUUCCUCUCCUGCCUGUACAGCCCAGCAGGGGGGCAUGGCUCAGCGGAUUCGUAGGCCCCUGGGCUUCUGCAGAGCCUGGGCGUUGUCCUCUUUCAGAACGGAGUCCAGCUGGCGGACCUUCCCAUUGCAGACUAAGACCUGCGGGGGCGCCUCAGACCCCUGGUCUCCUCGAGAAUGAAGGUCAUUGCUGUUCUCAUCGUUGUCAUCUCUUGCUGGAUGGCCCCCACCCGCAGCAGCUUCUGGCAGUUCCAGAGGAUGGUCAAGCACGUCACAGGGCGGAGUGCCUUCUUCUCCUACAACGGAUAUGGCUGCUACUGUGGACUUGGGGGCAAAGGGGUCCCCGUGGAUGACACUGACCGGUGUUGCCUGGCACAUGACUGCUGCUACGAGAAGCUGAAAGAGUCCGGCUGCCAGCCUGUGCUGAACAGUUACCGGUUCCACGUCGCCAACGGCACGGUGGUCUGUGGGUGCACCCUGAGCCCUGGAGUCGGCUGCCUGUGUGGGCUGAAGGCCUGUGAGUGUGACAAGCGAUCUGUGUACUGCUUCAGGGACAGCCUGCCCACCUACGAGAAGAACUUUAAGCAGGUCUUCUCCAACCGGCCCCGGUGCGGCAGGCGUAGACUCCAGUGCUAGGAAGUCGAGCCACAGGGUCAUCAUCUCCAACAGGCUCCGGUUCCUGCCCCAGGAGGGAAAACAAGAUGCCUUCCUUGGGGCAACUCGCCUUCCAGCUCUCUGGCAAGAGUACUCCUGACCCAGCCUCUGAGGACUGAGGAUCCAGAAUGGAAAGACAGAACUUCUGCUCCGCCCAAAGGAGCCUCAUUCUGCAGAGGGAGGGGGACUCAACUAUACAGAGGGGCCUCCCGAAAGGGCAUGGAGAUGCGUGUUAUGAAAAAAGCUUCAUGCAUGGAUUUCAAUACUCUUUGCACCAGAAAAAUGUACACUUUAAUUCCAUUUUUCUCACCAACUCUUUGAAGUCCCCUCUCCUGUAUCUAGCAGAUAAGGGGUCCAUUAGAUAGUGCUGGCAGCGACGCGGCACGGGGGCAGGGUAGAGCUCCAGCCCCACCGAGAGCUCUCCCUUCAUCUCCACCCCCAGUCAGGAUGCAGGACGGGCCCACAGCCCAGACCCCCCUGGGCGCAAGGCAGAGCUGCCGAGAGACCCCAGCGCUGUCCCCAGAGCACACCAGGAUCGGCUCCCACUCGUUCGAGUUCUGAGUUUCCCUCGGGCAGGAGGAACGCGAUGCCGUGCUCAUGUCCCAGGAGACAGCAGCACGAGGGCCCCACCCCUGGCACGCCGACGGCAUGGCUGGAAAGAUCUGGGAGGAACGCCGAGGGAGCCAGAGGUGCCAGCACUCCCACCCCAACUUAGAAGCCUCUGGUUACAUCAGCCUUACAUUCUAGUAAGUAUUAAAGUGAUGCCUGAUUUGGGUGGAUGCUGGUGUUCCUAAGGCCCAGGGGUGUGCACGUCACGAAAACGGCCGCAGUUCUUGCCUCCUGAUCCUCGCCUCUCUCGACAUGCAGGGUUCCCACCACUCGAAGCCCCGCUGCUGUGAUUCCUCAGGGCGAUAGAAUGUGGUGGAAGUGUUGGCCCAGCAGUCGAGGCCUCAGGAGGUCUAGGACACUCCUGCUCCGUCUCAGGACACCUGCCUCCACAGGGUGGGGGGCCACGCUAGCCUGCUGGGUCAGAGUCCAGGCUCAGGUGUCUCCCCGAGAUUUGGGCCUUGGAGAGCAUGUGACAAAAAUCGCCAAAACCUCGCUGAGCCCAGGCUAAUAAGCUGCCACACAGAACUGUUAAAUGGAGUUAAA